AAAUAGUUGGCGGUCAUGUUCAUAAUGUUGUUCCUGUACGACCUAGUUACAUACGAACGCAUCUGUCUGUCAAUUUCGCCUGAAGUUUCACUGUGUAAAAGAAUGUAAUUCUUUAUCAAUGGCUGAGGGUCAGUCACAGUCAACAAGUGUCACCGAAACACAGGUUGUUGAGGAGUCUGAGCAAGGACAGGUAUUACGUCUCAAGUUAAGAAAGCCUAAAGCCAAGAGGGAAGUGAAAUGGACAACAGACACAGUUGACAAUGAGCACAUGAAUAAGAAAAAGUCCAAAUGUUGCUGUAUUUAUGAGAAGCCAAAAAUGUUUGACGAGUCUUCAUCAGAGGAGUCUGACGAUGAAUGCCGUAGUUGUCGUGGACACAAAGAUAAAUGUUUUCGCACAGACAAAAAUGAAAAUCAAGAUGCAGGUCCUAGUUCUGAAAUUCCCAGUUAAUCAGGUUUAUUGAAAAAUUGUCAUUAUAUUUUGUUUCUUGCAAUUGGACAUAAUUCAUGGAAUCCUUUUAAAUUUCUGCUUAUGAUUAUACAGAAUAUUUAUUUUCAUAUUUAUUGUUGAUGUUUUGUCACAAGAACUAGGUACAUGUACAUGUAAUGAGGAAACAUUUUCUCUGAUUUUACAUCAUAAGAGAUUUUGUGAGUGCCAUGUCUGCAAGACACAGCCAUAUUUUCUUCCUUUUUUUUUUCUUUACCUUGUUUGCAAACUAAAAUGAGUGAUUUUGUGAUGUCUUGAAUCAAUAUUGAUUGUCAUUAAAACUGGAUGUUUUUGUUUGAUAUACAUAACAGAAGCUAUUAUGAGAAGGAUUUUAAUGAUUUUAUACUGAAGCAACAAAUUAUUUCUUCUUCCCUUGUAAAAUAGAGUUCAAACGUUUUCUCCAACAGUAUGAUAAUCAAAUCUUGUAUUUUUUCUACUGAUCCUUAAAGUUUUAGUAGAUUGAAAGGAUCAUUAGAUACUGUGAUAUUUUGAUGUGAGUGAAGUAUAUGUCUAUGUUUAGAAGCCUGAAAUGUUGAUUAUUUUAAUACAAGGUCAUUGAAAGCUU